AUGUGCGUUUGUGUGUGUUGAUUGUUCGUGUUGUUCAAGUGUUAGCCGGACUCGGAGAAUAACGGACGGACAGACCGUGUUACGGAUCUCAGGAAGUUUUGUCUCCGUUUCGCUGAGCGACUCUAUUCUGCUCCGCUUCGCUCCGGAACCGGACCUGUGAGAUGACCCAGCCGGGCCCGGCCGAGUUUACCCCACCACCGGAGUGCCCGGUGUUCGAGCCCAGUUGGGAGGAAUUUGCAGAUCCGUUCGCGUUUAUUAAUAAAAUCCGACCCAUCGCAGAGAAAACCGGGAUCUGCAAGGUUCGACCGCCGCCGGAUUGGCAACCUCCGUUUGCAUGCGACGUUGACAGACUUCAUUUUACUCCUCGAAUCCAGCGACUCAACGAGCUAGAGGCUCAAACCAGAGUUAAGCUCAACUUUUUGGACCAGAUCGCCAAAUUUUGGGAGCUACAAGGAUGCACGCUUAAAAUUCCACACGUGGAGCGGAAAAUCCUCGAUCUGUAUCAGCUCAACAGACUGGUUGCAGAAGAGGGAGGUUUUGAUAUUGUUUGUAGAGAGAGAAGAUGGACAAAGAUCGCCAUGACGUUGGGCUUCGCCCCAGGGAAAGCUGUGGGGUCACACCUGCGAUCCCAUUACGAGCGGGUCUUGUACCCAUACAACCUUUUCCAGUCUGGGGCAAAUCUGCUGUGUGUGCAGAAACCAUCACUGGAUGAUGUCGAUAGCAAAGAUAAAGAGUACAAACCUCAUGACUUGCUACAGAGGCAAAACGUUCACAUGCCACCCAACGACACAAGCGCACCUGCUAGAAGAGCUAAGAGGAUGAAAACAGAGUCUCCUUCUGUUAAGCAAGAGGGAGGUGAGGAGUGUGACAACAGACCCAACCUUAGGAGGAGGAUGGGUUCCUUUGUUGCCAAACCUGAACCGGAAAGGGAGAUCCCGAUACAGGUGAAGCAGGAACCAGUAGAGAUAAAAGAGAUCAUUCCUGAACCAGAGAAAACCAAAUCACGCUUCAAGAAAAACAACCCACCUCCUCCAGUCAGCGUAGUGGACCUAUAUGUGUGUUUGGUGUGUGGAAAGGGGAACGAUGAAGAUAGGUUAUUGCUAUGUGAUGGUUGUGAUGACAGCUACCACACCUUCUGCUUAAUCCCGCCCCUCACCGAUGUUCCUAAAGGUGAUUGGAGGUGCCCUAAAUGUUUGGCUCAGGAGUGCAGUAAACCUCAGGAGGCAUUUGGGUUCGAGCAAGCACACAGGGACUAUUCUCUAAAAGCGUUUGGGGAAAUGGCUGACUCCUUCAAGUCAGACUAUUUCAACAUGCCUGUUCAUAUGGUACCCACCGAGCUGGUUGAAAAAGAGUUUUGGCGAUUGGUCGGCACCAUUGAAGAGGAUGUGACAGUGGAAUAUGGCGCUGACAUUGCCUCGAAAGAAUUCGGAAGUGGUUUUCCAAUCAAGGGUGGAAAGUUUAAGGUUGCACCGCAUGAUGAGAAAUACCUUAAAUGUGGGUGGAACCUGAAUAACAUGGCCAUGAUGACACCAUCAGUGCUGACCCACGUCACCGCAGAUAUCUGUGGUAUGACCCUGCCAUGGCUCUAUGUGGGCAUGUGCUUCUCCUCUUUCUGCUGGCACAUCGAGGACCACUGGAGCUAUUCCAUCAACUACCUGCAUUGGGGUGAACCUAAGACCUGGUAUGGUGCUCCUGGUUUUGCUGCUGAGCAGUUGGAAGAAGUGAUGAAGAAACUUGCCCCAGAACUGUUUGAAUCUCAGCCAGACCUCCUACACCAGCUUGUUACAAUCAUGAACCCUAAUACACUCAUGGCCCACGGGGUCCCAAUUUACAGAACCAAUCAGUGUGCGGGAGAGUUUGUCAUCACUUUCCCAAGAUCCUAUCACAGCGGCUUCAACCAGGGCUUUAACUUUGCAGAAGCUGUGAACUUUUGCACAGUGGACUGGAUGACGCUGGGCCGUCAGUGUGUGGAUCACUACCGUCUGCUGAAUCGAUACUGUGUGUUCUCUCAUGAUGAGAUGGUGUGUAAUAUGGCCAUGAAGGCCGACAGCUUGGACGUGGUUCUGGCAUCAGCUGUGCAGAAGGACAUGCACCUCAUGAUCAAAGAGGAGAGAGAGCUGCGUGACAAAGUCCGGAAGCUGGGCGUGGCCCACUGUCAGUUGUUUCAGUAUGACUUGCUGGCAGAUGAUGAGAGACAGUGCAUGAAGUGCCGCACCACCUGUUACCUGUCAGCUCUCACCUGCCCCUGCCGACCAGGAGUCCAGGUGUGUCUGCACCAUGCCCAUGAUCUCUGCUCCUGCCCAAUCUCCAACUACACACUCAAUUACCGUUUUACACUGGACGACCUCUACCCCAUGAUGAAUGCUGUGAGGCAGAGGGCAGAGUCUUAUGACGAGUGGGCAUCAAGAGCGACAGAGAUCAUGGAGGCCAAACUAGACAAGAAACGCAAUGUCACAGUGUUUCGUGCCCUUCUGGAGGAGUCAGAUGAGAACUCAUUUCCAGAGAACGACUUGUUACGUCAGCUCAGGCUGGUCACACAAGAUGCUGAGAAAUGUUCAUCUGUUGCCCAGCAACUGCUAAAUGGCAAGAGGCAGACUAGGUACCGCACCGGUGGAGGAAAAUCUCCUAAUCAGCUCACCGUAGAGGAACUGAGGUCGUUUGUCCGCCAGCUUUAUAAUCUUCCCUGCAGCUUGACGCAGGCACCGCUUUUGAAGGAGCUGCUAAACAGCAUUGAGGAUUUCCAGCAGCACAGCGAGAAGCUUCUGUCUGAUGAAGUAAGCGCAGAUGCCGUCAGCGAGAUCGAGUCGUUGCUGGAGGAGGGCUCUCAGUUUGACGUGCUACUUCCAGAGCUGCCAUUGCUACGGGAGCGUUUGGAACAGGCGCGCUGGUUGGCCGGGGUUCGGCAGGCGGAAGAUCUGGUGACGAACCCGUGCGGCCUCUCUCUGGACAACAUGCGUCGACUGAUCGACAGAGGGGUCGGACUGACGCCACAUGAGUCCAUUGAACGUACGAUGGCUCGCCUGCAGGAACUGCUUACUAUCUCAGAGGAGCUGGAGGAGAAAGCGCAAGUGCUGCUCAAAGCCAGGCCUCCAGAGAGUUUAGAGAUGCUCUGUUCACAGCUGACUCAGAUGGAGGGGGUCCCCGCAUACCUGCCAAACUGCCUCCUACUGCAGGAUACAGUCAACAGGGCUAAAGAAUGGCUCCAGGAAGCUGAAAAUUUACAGGUGGGAGGUCAGAUUCCGGUUCUUAGCACACUGUCUGAUAUGGUUUUGAGAGCUCAUGCCAUCCCAGUACUACUGGAGCCUCUGGAGAAACUGGAGACUCUGGUCUCAGAGGUGCACAGCUGGAAGGAGUCAGCAGCCAAAACCUUCCUCGUCAAAAACUCCCCCUUCACUUUACUUGAGGUUUUGUGUCCCCGAUGGGAAGUGAGCAGCUCUGUGAAGAAGAAGAGGAAGGUGAAGGGUGACUGCACAUCUUCAGGGAAGAAGAAGCUUGUGAAGCUGGACAGCAUGAGUGAUGUGGAGAGAGCACUUAUAGACAGCAAAGACUCCGCCUCUGCUAUGUUUACUCUGGCUGGUCGUUUAAAGGAGCUGGAGUCACUUUGCGCUCUUCGUGCAUCUAACGAAUCAAAGCUCCUACCUACUGCGGACUGCGCUUCUCUCAAAGUGUGUGUGUGUCAGCAGCCGGCCAUGGGUGCGAUGCUACAGUGCGAGCUGUGCCGAGACGCGUUCCACAGCGUGUGCGUGCGCGAGCCAACCGAACCCCGCGGCACAGAAGCGUGGCUGUGUCCGUUAUGUCUGCGGUCGACGAGGCCCCCCCUGGACAAGAUCACGUCCCUUUUGUCAUCCCUGCAGCGAAUCCGCGUCCGUCUCCCAGAGGGUGACGCGCUACGCUACAUGAUCGAACGAGCCGUUAGCUGGCAGCGACGAGCGCGAGAGGUCAUCAAUUCUUAUAACCUCUCGCUGACCUCUCAGGAGCGCAGAGGGUCCUCACCUACACACAGUUUACAUCGGACCACUGGGCACAGUAGGAAGCAGCUGAGUGGAUCUCCAUCCCGGUGUCAGGACUGGAACGUUUCCGAACAGGACCAGGCUGUGUUUUAUACAGAGCAACGCUGUAUACCACUGCAAGGUCUCAGCGCUGAGGUAGAGGAGCUAAUGGUGGAGGGUUUGCUUCUACAGGUUACUCUUCCCGAAACCCAACAACUCUACAGACUUUUGCUAUCCGGCCCCCCGACCACAAACACUCCCCACACAGAACGCACACCCUACCUCACUCCGAAACACUCCUCACCGCAAAGAGAGAGAGAUGCCAUCACUUCAGCAGAGAAAACCAAGCGACGGAUGAACAGAGAGGAGACGGAGAUCAGUGACAGAGGGAUGAAGCUAAAAAGCAAGAAGCAGCGUAUGGGCUCAGAAAAGAGAAGAGAGAGGAAGGCAGCGUCGGUCUCAGCGUCGGAUGUUUCUCAAUCAGAAGACUCGGGAGAAGAUAUGACGCUGUGUCCAGCAGAAAACUGUCUUCAGCCAGAAGGAGAAGAGGUGAACUGGGUGCAGUGUGACUGCUGUAAUCGCUGGUUUCAUAUGAUAUGUGUUGGGGUAUCGGCAGAACUCGCAGCUGAGGAAGAUUACAUGUGUGUGACGUGCAGCACAACAAACACGGGUCGGCGGAAGUGAAUCAACUCGAUGCCCUACACCCUUCCUCCAUCUCUUGUCCUGGCUGUAUAACUGACCCUAUUCCCUAACCCAUGACCUCCGACCUUUGUAACAACGGUGCUAUUUUACUUAUUUUGUUGUUCUGAAUGAUAUUUGGUCACUUUUUGUAUUUUUACAGCUGUUUCCUUCUGUCGAACUGUUUGUGAUUGUCUAAAAUAAUGAUAAAUAUGCUAAAUAUGCUGAAUGAAUAUAGCGGUGCAUGGGUUUGUGUUUGUGUUGUUUUCUGGUGUGGAGGAGAGACACCCUCGCUAAACCAGAUGAGGGUCGUCUCUUCUGCAUGCGCAGCCAGAAACGCAAGACAAACAGUUUUCACCAAAUACAAUAAAUAAAUAAUAAAUACAGAGAAAUUAUUUUUUGGAAACCUGCCGUUUCAGUACACAGGGAUAUGGGAAUCUCACCGUUGUGCGUUUUUUCUUUUUCUUUGUAGAUUAGUUUUAUUUAUCUGAGCAAUAAUGUUGUUUGUAAGUUACAGGAGGUUUUGAUGGUUUUGGUUGUGUUGGUGCUUUUAGAGACGGUGGGUGGAUAUCCAGGAUGUGACGGACACAGAAAUGUCAGAUUUGUAGCAGAGAAAUGAGUUUAAUGAACUGCCACAAAACUUGCUCAUGCCGUUUUGAUGGGUGGGGGGAUGGGUGUCUGAUGUGGGGUUUAAACAUCUUGUUAAAAAAGUCCCAAUUUAUAGUGUGGAAUAAAUCUCUUUGUUCUAAUAUCAAAAAGUCUACUCUGGUUUUGAUUCAGUGAUCCUUGUUGAAAUGACCUGCUUGGUGCCCUUUUUUAUCAGUCACAGUCUUUGUGACAUCAUUCCCCUCUUCCCCAAUCAUCACAACUCUUUUAGGCUUUAAUUUAUAGGAAAUAAGACACUGGUUAACAGUUAAAUAUCCACCCUUACUGAAAAAAGCUUGUAAAAAAGUAUAAAUAUUCUGUACUUUAUGUAUAAGAAAUAAACCUGGCAGCACAG